AUGAUGAACGACCUGACCUCCGAGCUGGGCAGAAGGAAACGAAUGGCUUGGGGAGCAUUUAAGAGCAUCGAGGAUGUAGUGAAGAGGACUAAGAACAUCUGGCUCUGUGCUCAUCUAUUGAGCAACACCUUCUUUCUGCUUUGGCCUACGCCUCGGAAACGUGGGUUUCGCAAGCAGGAGGAAAAUGCGAUCAGCGUCAUAGAACGCGGAAUUGAAAAGGUGAUGCGAGUAGUAACCCGCUUUACCCAAGGGAAAGAAAGGAUUCGAAUUCAUUCCUACAUCACUAAUCGAAGAUCAGAGACGCCGCCGCAUAUGCCAAGCAAAGCAAAAUUGGGUGGGCCGGAUGCGUUUCAGCGACAAUCGUUGAACCAGAGCAGUAAGCGACUGGAUACCACGCGACAUCAAACGCACCGUAGGAAGACCGCUGUCCAUGGAGCGACCAAUGUACCCGUAGCAAUUUGUUCGGAAGGGGCAAGUCCAGAACGUCCGUUUGUACGACCACCGAAUGCAACCGCAAAAGAGCUCAUUGAAAUUCACAGAAACUAUCGUCAAGGUGCAAAUCAAGAGUGGCCUGUGUUCCUACCGCCAAAUAUGGAUGAAGAUUUGCAGAACCUGGAGCAUCCGGAUCCUGCAAAACGGCCUCGCUAUUUGCCAUUAGCGCCCCCUUAUCACCUACUACCUAAUACGUCAUUCUUUCGCAGGACGAGCAUAAAACCUCCCCCUACCUACAGCACUGAUGGCUUACCUCCUCUUAAACGAAUAAUCAAUCGAUAUCUCGCCAGUAUCCUGGUGGACCAUAUGAAAUUUGAGGAGAGUCUCAGGUUUUUGAUAGAAGAGCGGAAGACAUACAUGAGAGUGGAACAGACAAGAAAAGGUGAUGAGUUGAAAGACAGUGAUGACAGGGAAUCGAAGACAAGAACUAAACUUGAAGAGUUCAUGGCGGAAGGUGGAUGGAAGCAAUACCGUAAACCUUGGAACGGAGGCAAUCUUCCUCCGCCAGUACCUGGUUACUUCACAAGUGUGCCAUUAAUUCCUGGGAACAUAAAUGUCACGCGGGAAAUGAAUGGACGUGCUCCCGUAGAAUAUCAGCAGCAAAGAACGGCUCACGGUUUUAUAUACAUACCUUAUUGUGCAACAGAGAUCUACACAGAAAGAGGACCCAGCGUCACAGAUCCACCCGUCACGCCACUAAAUAUGUCAUUCGAAGGGCAUCAAGAACAGGACCAUAAAUCAGAGUCAGACGAAGAAACAGUUAAUCAAGAAGAUACUGCACAAGCUACCUUCGGGGUAAUAGCUACGGAGAGAUACGCAAGUUUUUCACUCACUGCAGAUACCAUGAGCAUGAAGUUUACUGAAAAAUGUGUUAGUUUGUGUCGGUCUCCUAAGCAUGGAUAA